AUGUUCUUUACUUUGAUAGCUCUCUCUUGUGUAUGUUCUGCUUUUACAUAUGAUGAAGAAGAUUUGUUAGCAUUUGAUGAUUAUCUUGAAGAUCUUGAUGAUUUUGUGGAUAUGGAAGAAGAUUGGAGUCUUGGAGGAAUUCAAGAGAAAUUCAAUAAUGUUGUUAAUAAAGUAAAUGAUAAAAUUGAUCAAUUCCAGAAAAAAGGAAAAGAAAUGGUUAAUAACAUUAAUCAAAAAGUUGAUAAAGCUCAAAAUACUGUUAAUAAUUUUAUUAAUAAAGGACAAAAAUUUACUGACAAAGUUCAAGGUGGAUUUAAUAAAGUUAUGAACUUUGGUAAAGGUGUUGUUGGUAUUUUCAAUAAAGAUGCUGCUAAAAAGAUGGAUGAUUUCCAAAAGAAAACUAAUAAUGCUGUUGAUAAUGCUCAAAGUAAAAUUGCUAAUGCCCAAAGCAAAGCAAAUAAUAUGAUUGAUAAAACCCAAAGUAAAGUAAAAGAAGUUCAAACUAAAGUUAAUAAAGGACUUGACAAAGGACAAGAAAUAAGUAGAAAAGCCCAAAAUAAAGCCAAUAAAGCUAUAAACGCUGUUGGUAAUGCUGCUAAAAAAGUUGGAAAAUUCUCCGAUAAAAUUGGAAAAACAGCAGAUAAAAUAGCUAAUGCUGCUGGUAAAUUUGCUGGAAAAGGUGGAAAACUUGGAAAGUUUGCUUCUGCUAUACAAAAGGGUGCUAGUGGAGUUUCUAAAGCUGCUGGUAAAGUUAAUCAAGUCAGUAAAAAACUCAGUGAUACAAAAGGAGGUAGUAAAUCAAGAAAACAUGGUGGAAGUAGUGGUAGUUUUAGCAAACGUAAGCCUUCAGGACGUUCAAAAGCUAGUUCACCAAAAAGAAGUGCACCAAAAAGACAAGCCCCAAAGAGAAGUGCACCAAAAAGACAAGUUGCAAAAAGAAGUGCUGGAAAGAGAGGAAAGAAAUAA